AUGAGGCUUAUGCCUAACUCACAUAACAAAUUAGUUGAUGCCUUGGUAGAAGCAUUUAAUGUUAAUAAUUGUACCCGUGGUGUCAUGGAUACUAAUUUUAUCACAGAUGGUUAUCAUAUAACUACAACAUUUGGUGGUUCCAUAGAAGAAGCGGAAUGUAAAAAAUAUUUAAAAAGUCUGAGGGACGCAAUAGAAGAUACGUUCCAUCAAAGUUGUACAGGAGAAACACAAGGGCCUUUUUAUCUUAAAAAUUUUCCUUUUUACGAUAAUGCUGGGAAGAUAUUUAAAGACCCAAAAAUUGGUAAGUUUAAGUAUGAGGUCCCUAUUGCUGAUGAAGUGCUAUUUAACUUACAGGCUCAUCUCAUCUACUCGAUGACAAAGCCAAUAAGAGCUUCUAUGGGUGGUGAUACUCACCCUCAUCUUGUUAAGAAUAAAAAAUAUAUCAUGUGUAGCCGUUUUGCAAACGAAGAAAUAGCAAAGGAUUUUAAACAGAAGUUCUAUGCUGAAAUGCUAAGAGAGUUAAGACGUGAUCUAUCAUCUUUCGUGACGGUUGAAGGCAGAAACUUAUAUAUUGGUAAGGAUCUUGUCAGUGACUUAGACUUUAUUCAAAGAUGUGUGCUGUACAAUGCGGGAAAGAUAGGUUGCGCUCUUGAAAUUCCUAGCGCUGAUUAUGAUGGUAAUAACAUACCAAAGAGAGAGCUCAAUUUCCAGGAGUUGCUUACUCAAAUUAUCUAUCGUACAACAGAUAUAGUAAUUGAUAGUUAUUAUCAUGCUUUUUCUCAAAAAAGUAGAAAAAGGUGCAUUCUUGUGCCGGCUAUAGCUGUAAAUGAUGAAAGAGGUAAGAUACAAUACUUUAGGUAUCUAAAUGCAUCAGAAGCGCAAGCUAUCAAUGCAGCGUUUGACUCUCCAGUGGUAAGCAAUCUUGCUGAAGAUAUUUCAGAUGAAAGUAUAAUAAGUAAAGUAGACAAAGGAAAUUUCGGGAUAAAUAGUAUAAAUUUUUCCAAUAGAGAAGUCUCGCGGCAUGUAUGCAAGGUUGUUUUUAGCAGUGCUACAGCUGUUCAAGUUAACGAAGAUGAGUAUGGACUGGAAGUACAAUCUUCUCCACGUAUAGAUACGUUGCGCGCAAAGGUAACGGAGAUUCGUAAAAAGGAAGCUCGGUUACAUACAAGAGUAGCUCAAUCAUGUGUGAAUAUAACUCUGUCGUCUAUAAAGUUAUCUCACUUGCGUACAGAGUCAACCAGAUUGCGUGAAGAGGCAGCUCAAUUGCGUAAAGAAAUAGAAGCCGAGGAAAAAAGGCAAAAUCUAUCUUCUUGCAACCCGGGGAACCAAUUUAGUUGGUGGUCAUCUCAUAGCGGUUCAUCAGAUGGUAAUGAUAAUCAUCGUAAUAUUAGUUCUGAUCUUCAGGGUGGUCAACAAGGUGCUAGUCGUUCGAAUCCUGCAGGUCCAUCAAGUAGCAAUGAUUUUGGCAUCAGAAAGGGUCAAGGGCACGGUGAUAGUCAGGAUGAGCAACGAGGUCACCGUAGUACAAAGUUACCUUAUGGUACUCAUCCAUAUUAUGCUGUUGACCCAGGUUGUUAUGGUAGUUCUUCAAGCAUUGCAGGAGGGUUAUUAAGUAAAACUGCCGCUAAUUCUUCAAGGACAAAUAAAUUGAAGAAGCCAGAUAGCAAAAAGUGCAGUUCAGUCUUCAAAUGGGUUAAAUCUUUCUUCUCUAGCAGCAAAAAAGAUACAACAUUAAAGCACGCGAACAGUAAAUCUGGUGUGUUUGUUAACACACCAGGUCAAACAUCAGGAUCAACUCGCAAAUCACCAAAUGGAUUACCAGGUCGUGUUAAUACUAAUCUCACAGGAGUACGCGCAGAGCAAACAGCAAAUAUUGCCAAAGAAAGUUGUAUAGUGUAG